AUGAGAUUUAGUUUCGUCGUGCUUUCAAUAGCUCUUCUACAGGAUCAUGACAACCGUACUAGUUUGGGGGUCGAUGCCUUUGUGAAUCCUAAACCAAGCAUCACCGCACGACACCCAAUAGUAGCAGUCCAGAAUACCCUCGAUCCCGAUGCCUCCAACUUGGACGAGGAACUCGAACUAUUGAUGCGACAACGAGAUAAAAUUGAGCAACGGUUCCAAUCGAAUGAUGAGUUGUCACAGCUGCUAUUCCAACGGGAUCAAAUUGAACAACAAUUACUCAAAAGCAACUUUCAAGAGGCUCCAACUACCACGGUGGCGGAUCUAGCCGACACAGAGCUAGCUCGGGAAAAGUUACGGCGAGAACUAGAAGCCGCGGAAAAGCGGCGCAAAUUGUUGGAAACAGAACUGGAAGCUAGCAAAAAGAAGCAAGACUUGGGCAAGGAAGAACUCCGCAAAUCGCUAAAAGAAAGAGAUGUCACCCGUAGCGAAGUCCGCGAGAUUACGGGAGGUUCGAGUCUGUUUCCGUUAGCCAGUCUAUCCUUGGGGGCUCUUGCGCUGGGAAGGAGCGCACUUGAAAACAGACGCAGAAAAGUAGAAGAAAAUGAAUAUGAAGAGCUACAACGUCGAUUCGACAAGGAACGAAGAGAACGAGAUCGUAGGGCAGAUGCAGAAAAUAGAAAUCUGAUCUUGGGAGUGGGGGGCGCCUUUGUGGUUGGUACUGCGGCAGUGAGUGAUAACGCCCUCAAUUCAGCGUCAUCGCUAGACAAUGGCAACAGAGGCAAAGUCGAACAAUCUGCUAAAUCCUCCAACAACGUUGCAAAGGAAGGCUCUACGCAGUUGCCGUAUCUGGAAACCAAAAUCAAACAGGCUGAAAUCGAUGUGAAAAGGAAUCGGGCACUCAUUCAAGAACAAGAGGCAAAAGCCAACCAGUUGAACUUUGAAUUACAGCAACAAAUGGAGAACGAUAAGAUUCUUGCGGAUCAAUUGCGAGAAGCAGAAGCGAAGUUGACCAUUGAACAAAAAGCGGCGGCUGUAAAGUCGGCACAAGAGAAGGAAAUCGCUGCCGCUAAGGCAGCAGCCAAGAAGGAGGCUGAAGCCAAGGCCAAGGCUGAUCUGGACAAGAUUCAAGCCCAACUCAAGGCCACUGAAACCAAGUUGAAAGAGACAGAAGUGAGAUUGUCCAGCCCUGCUAACCCCGAAAUUGUAAAACUCCAAGCAAAACUCAAGGAAGCCGAAGACAAGUUGAAGACGACUAGUGGUUCUACGGCAGAAGUAGCCAAACUACAAACACAAUUGAAACAAGAAAUGACGAAAGCCCAACAAGAUCAAGUAGCAAAACUGAAAGAAGUCGAAGCCCGAAAAGUUGCUGCAGAUCUGAUUGAAUCUGAGAGUCUAGCCCGACAACGAACAAAUGCCUUGUCGAGUAAUCUAGAACGACAAAAGGGUGCUACUUUAGCUACCGAAAAACUCACGCAAGAAAGAGUGAAACUAGAUAAAGCCAGUGAAGAUGUGAAAAAGAAGACAAACAUCAAGAUUGAAGCCGACAAAUUCCUGAAAGAGAAAGAAAGAUCUGCCAAAAAGGCUGCCUCAGAAUUGAUUGCGCAAGAGAACAUUGCCAACGAUAGGUCUGCAACGAUAGACCAGCGAACGAAAGCAGAGAUUAUGUACAAGGAAGCCGAAGUCAAAGUGACCAAGGAAACUGAGGCUAGGAUACUGGCCGAGAAGAAAGCCAAGCAGGCCGAGGAAGACUUGAAGACAGCCACUGCCAAGAAGGCUGCACUAGAGAAAUCCGUUAUCAAUGUUGAAAAGGAAGCCAAGAAAGCGUUGGCGGCGGCAAAGAGAGGAGGCUACAGACCAUCCGCAGCGGCUCAAAUGAUCUCCGGGAAACGGCCUUCAGAGUUGGAGAACUCUGGUGCAAAGAGUUUUGUUCAGAUCUACGAGAGAGUUGCAGUAACUGCCACUGGUAUUGGACUGGCGGCGGCAAUCUAUGCGGUCGCGACCGGAAGGCCUCUGGGAAUCAUGCCCAACGAUCCAAGAUAUCAAGGCGGCGGUAUGGAGUUCUCAUUCCCAAAGAUGCCAAAUUUUCCAAACUUUGGAGGAGGUGGCCAAGGGCUCGGACAAGGAUCCAACCAAGGAUUUGCCCCGUUUUCCAAAAGCAACUCCAACGGUGGAUUUGGCGGUGCAACUAAUGCCAGCGGCGGCGGAUUUGGAGGAAGUCCAAAUGGCAGUGGUCUAGGAAGCGGUGGUGGUUUUGGAGGCGGCGGAGCCUCAGGCUUUGGUGCAGGAAGCACGUCAAAGGGGGGGUUCGGAGGAGGCGGUGGAAUGGGCGGAUCUGCUAAAGGAGGCUUUGGAAGUGGAUCAUCGAGCCUCGGCGGAUCAAGCACCUCGAAGGGUGGUUUUGGCGGAGGUGGAAGCACUUCCAACGGAAGCUUUGGAGGCGGAUCAUCAAGCUUUGGCGGAUCCAGUACUUCAAAGGGAGGAUUCGGGGGUGCAGGUGGGCUCGGAGCCGGUGGAACACCCAGCUUUGGAGGCGGAUCAAGUACAUCGAAGGGUGGUUUUGGCGGUGGAUCUUCAAGCUUCGGAGGAGCAAGUACUACCUCGAAGGGAGGGUUCGGUGCUGCAGGGGGGCUCGGAGCCGUUGGAACACCUGGCUUUGGAGGCGGAUCGAGCACCUCAAAGGGUAGUUUUGGAGGUGGAGCGUCAAGCUUCGGUGGAUCCAGUACUGCCUCGAAGGGAGGAUUUGGAAGUACUGGUGGCGCAGGUGGGCUCGGAGCCGGUGGAACACCCAGCUUUGGAGGCGGAUCAAACACCUCGAAGGGCAGUUUUGGAGGCGGAGCGUCAAGCUUCGGAGGAGGAGCAAGUACCUCGAAGGGAGGAUUUGGAGGUUCAAGCGGGCUCGGAAGCUCGUCCAAGGGAGGCUUGGGAGGUGGAGCAUCAAGCUUUGGUGGAUCAAGCACUUCAAACAGUGGGUUUGGCAGCUCAUCAUCCUCUAAGAGCGGUGAGAAGAAGGGCCUUUUCGGUGGUCUUUUUGGUGGUGGCUCGAAAAACUCUGCUGGUAAUGACCAGAGCAAUGGAGGCUUUGGGGGCGGAUCGAGCACCUCGAAGGGCGGAUUUGGAGGUGGAGCGUCAAGCUUCGGUGGAUCCAGUACUACCUCGACGGGAGGAUUUGGAAGUGCUGGUGGUGCAGGUGGGCUCGGAGCCGGUGGAACACCCAGCUUUGGAGGCGAAUCAAGCACCUCGAAGGGCAGUUUUGGAGGCGGAGCGUCAAGCUUCGGAGGAGGAGCAAGUACCUCGAAGGGAGGAUUUGGAGGUUCAGGUGGGCUCGGAAGCUCGUCCAAGGGAGGCUUGGGAGGUGGAGCAUCAAGCUUUGGUGGAUCAAGCACUUCAAACAGUGGGUUUGGCAGCACAUCAUCCUCUAAGAGCGGUGAGAAGAAGGGCCUUUUCGGUGGUCUUUUUGGUGGUGGCUCGAAAAACUCUGCUGGUAAUGACCGGAACACUGGAGGCUUUGGGGGCGAAUCGAGCACCUCGAAGGGCGGAUUUGGAGGUGGAGCGUCAAGCUUCGGCGGAUCCAGUACUACCUCGACGGGAGGAUUUGGUAGUGCUGGUGGUGCCAGUGGGCUCGGUUUUGGAGGCUCUGGUGGCGGUCUCGGAAGUAAAGGCAGCACAUCAUUUGGCGGUGGCUCCAGCAAAGCAGGCUUCGGUGCUGGCGGUGGCUUAGGAAGCAAAAGUGGAGCCGGUGGGCUCGGAGCGGGUGGUACACCCAGUUUUGGAAGCUCUGGUGGUGGACUGGGCAGCAAAGGCAGCACGUCAUUCGGUGGCGGGUCAAGCACUGGAGGAUUUGGCUCUGGUGGCGGCCUAGGAAGCAAAAGUGGAGCCGGUGGGCUCGGAGCGGGUGGUACACCCAGUUUUGGAAGCUCUGGUGGUGGACUGGGCAGCAAAGGCAGCACAUCAUUCGGUGGCGGGUCAAGCACUGGAGGAUCUAGCUCUGUUGGCGGACUAGGAAGUAAAAGGUCCGUUCCAGGCAGCACAUCGCCCGGGGGUAGCUCGAGCACAGCAGGGUUUGGCUCUAGUGGUGGCCUUGGAAGUAAGGGAUCUGUUCCAGGGAGCACUGGAGGAUUUGGCUCUGGCGGUGGGCUGGGAAGUAAAGGCUCUGUUCCGGGUAGCACAUCGUUCGGCGGCAGCUCAAACACAGCUGGCUUUGGCUCCGGUGGCGGAGUUGGAAGUAAGGGAUCUGGCGGCACAGCAGGGUUUGGCUCUGGUGGUGGCCUGGGCAGCAAAGGUUCGGUCCCAGGAAGCACAUCCUUCGGUGGUGGCUCUAGCAUCGGAGGGUUUGGAGCCAAUGCUGGUGCUAAUGGUUCUACAAACGGUUUCGGUUCUAAUGGCGGUCCGAAUGGUUCUGGCCUCGGUUCCAAUAGCGCUGCAAAUGGUUCGUCUGCUCUUGGAGGAGGGCUGUCAACAUUUGGCGCAUCGGGCACCAGUUCAAGCGCUUUUGGGGGGUCGAAUAUGAAUGGUAGAUCAGCGCCAGGGGCGUCAUCAACUUCUGCGUACUCAAACUAUGCUGGGGAGCUACAGAAUGCUCAAGUCAGUCAAAGUGACAACUGGUACAAUGAUCGUGGCCAGUAUCAGAAUUAUGGAUCGAAUCCUUCCUCACAAGCAACUGUUGACCCUUCAGUCUUUCAGCAAGAGCAGUCGUCGUCUUGGUUUGACAACCGAAAAGGGACGCAAUCAAUGAUGGAGGACACAAGUGCUAGGUCAGGAGCGACGUAUUUUCAACCGAAUCAGCCCCAAAUGAAUCAAGACAUGUACUCCUCUUACAAUGCCAACGACGCAAACGGUUCAUGGUUCAAUGAUAGGAAUGGGAGUGGGUCACGGUCGAUGAUGAUGGAAGAUACUAGCCAAACGGGAAGGGAUCCGUCAUACAACAAUGGAUUUAGCCAAGGUGCUGAAUAUGGGGAUACAUCGAAUCAGUUUCAAUCUCAACAGAAUUGGUUUGAUGGAAGAUAA